GUUUGAUACCUGCCAUUUGCGUUUACUCGAUGUUUAGUUGUUUCCAUCAAUAUUUCGGUAAAUUAAUUAGAAAUACUGUGUAACUAAACAGAUUCGUACUCCAAGAUGCUGCGCAAGAAGACUUCCAAAACAAAAACCGUAUCAGACAAAAUCUCCGAGCUGCUAGAGCGCAACACCCAUGGAAAGGAUGAGAGCAGCGAUGAGCAAGGCGAGGAACCACGUGUGGAAGAGGAAUUCGAUGAAUACGACAUACCCGAUACGCGCUCCUCAGAUAUCAGAAAACGAAAUGUGAAGCUUUUAUCAGAGCAAAGUGCGCGGUAUCGGGGGAAAAUAUCAUCACGAAAUGAGCUAGAGGAAGAGCAGGAAAGCGAUUUGUCCGAUGAAGAAGAGCAGAGCGAAGAAAAUGAUGAUUCCUCGGACGAUGAUAACGACGUGGACUUACAAGCGUUCACCAAAAAGCUGAACGGUGCUGGAAAUAAAGGAAGAAGGGAUGCACCAUCAUUUCAGAAUGACAGUGAAGAGGACGAAAGUGCAAAUAGUGAUUUAAAUGAGGACAGUGAAGUUGAAGAAGAAGGCGAAGGCGAAGAGGAAGAGGAUGAUCAAGAUGACUAUGAUGAAGAUGGCAUAGAAAGCGAAGAUGAUGCUAGUGAUCAAGAGAAUACGGAAGGAACGGACAUAAUCACCGAAGCGAAUCGUCAAGCCGAAGUACAAAAAGGUCUGUGUGUGCAGAAUCAAUUGCAAAUUUGGGAACGCCUGCUAGAAAUGCGUAUUCACACCCAAAAAGUGAUAAGUAAAUCCAAUCAGCUACCGACGACUGAUCAACUCAAAGUGCAACAGAGCGAAAGCGAGAAACUAGCCAAUGUGUCGCGCGAAUCAGUCAAUAGAGUUAGUACACUGCUUAGUACUUUAUUGCAAUUGCAAAAUGCUUUGUGCGAGCAAUUUUCCGAACAACGUAAUGCUUUGAAAAAGUCGCUGAAACGUCCGCUGCCUAUACAGGAUCCUGAGGCGGAUAACCACAUACCGAUUAAGCGUUUUGCCGAUCACAUCGAUGCACAUUUCCAAGAAUUCAAGCCCUACCGCAAUGCGGUACUGCUUAAAUGGGAUGAUCGCACCAAACUGCUAACACCAGGCGCAGGCGCGAAAAAGAAAUCGCUAACAGAAAAUUAUGAUAUUAUACGAAAAAUUGAGAAUACUUUACAAAAUCGCACCCUACUUGUUGAAAAAUCUCAAACCUUGAAAAAUGAAAUUGAUGGCGUAGAAGAAAGUGGAACUGUUGAAAAUAGUGAUUUAGAAGCUAUACAAAAGCAUAACCGAAAUGUAGAGUUAUACGAUGACAGUGACUUUUAUCACCAGCAAUUGCGUGAACUGAUCGAGUACAAAACGAAUACUUCGGUGAGCGCCAGCGAGAUAACACAACAGUACGUGGAGCUGCAGAAGCUGCGACAAAAAAUGAAGAAAAAAGUUGAUACGCGCGCCAGUAAAGGUCGUAAAUUGCGCUACACGGUGCACAACAAAUUGAUAAAUUUCAUGGCGCCCGACGACACCUCAACGUGGACGGAGGAAUCGAAAGAUGAAUUAUACAGAUCAUUAUUCGCAGCUUAAGUGUAUUUCUGUUCCAAUUGUAUGCAUAAUGAGGAAAGGUUUUAUUUCAAAUACAAUCCGUUGUACAUGUAAGACUUUUUUCAGUUUCCAUGAAAUGCGUUUUUAGUAAAAAAUAGUUUUUGUUUUGUUUUCUAUUAUUUAUUUAAUAAACGUACUCGUUGUGUCAAGUGUGUGCACAACUUGAA